AUAGCUGUAUGGGACCCACCUCACCACUCUAACCUUUUUUACUCACUCUUCUUCUUUUCAUUUCUCUCUUCACUCAUUUUUUGUACUCUCAAAUUCUCUUCAUCAAAACAAUACACUUUCCAUUCACUAGUAACCACAAAAAAAAAGAAGAAAAGAAAAAACAUAGAAUAAAAAAAUGGUGGGUUUAAGUGUAGUGUUAGAAUCUCAAAAAGGUGGUGGUAUUAGCAAUAGCAAGAAGAAGGAAACUCCAAAAGUGAUUAACAAAACAAUGAUGCUUAGUAGUAUCAACAACAAACAAUCUUCUAUAGUUUCUUUCAGUUCUUAUUUUCAUCAUGAAUCUCAUUUUCAGGAACAACAAACAACGUUUCUUGAGCUUUGUUUUCUUUGUAGGAAAAAGCUGUUACCUGGAAAAGACAUCUACAUGUACAAAGGGGAUAGAGCUUUUUGUAGUGUGGAAUGUAGAUGCAAGCAUAUUGUGAUGGAUGAAGAAGAAAGUAACAAUAUUCAGAAUGAGAACUGUUACUAUGCUGCAAUUUCUUCAUCUUCUUCAGAAGCUUCUUAUCAUCAUGAAAAAGGAAGAAGAAACCAAAACGGUGGUUUUGCUUAUUGAUACAUGAAUGAAGAAAGGAAAGUUAGAUUAGAGUGAAAAUAUUGUGAGAUAAAAAAUGGGGUUUUAUUUUUUUUAUUUAUUUUUUAGAAUAAAUAGUUACUAUGUUCCAGUUUUACCCUGCUUAAUUAAUGUUGUGAGAUAAGGUCAAAGUGUUUUGUCUUUUGUUUCCUUGUAUGAAGCUGAAACGUCCUUUCUACUUUUUAUUUUAUGGGCUCCAUUCUCCAACCUCUUUGGUAAUGUAGUGUGGUUUUGGUUAUUAUAAUUGACUUGGUAACUUUUUCUUGUA